GACGCAUCGCUCUGGUGCGGGCCCACCCCUCCCCCCCCGCGGUGCCCGUGCGCGCUCGGCUCGGGGAGCUCCACGUCGGCGUCGGGAGUCUAAAAUGGCAGCGGGGGUUUCACUGGGAGUGCAGAUGCGGGCGGCUCCUUCCUCCAGGCAGAGAUGCAGCGAGAGAGAUCCUCCUCCUCCUCAUGUGACGUCAUCGGGUGGCGCCCAGUCGGAUAACAGGCGAGAAAACAUCGGAGGGUGGGGGCGGGUGAGGAGGAGGAGAAGAAAAAAUAAAAGCAACCGAGGCGAGCGGCCGGAGCGAGCCGGCUCCUGCUCUGCGCGCGCUGGUCCUGAUUCCCUUUUUUAUCUGUCUUGUGUUUGUCUUUAAUUUUUUUCCUUUAAAUCCUCUCGGUGCUAAUAUAAAGGGAGAUGAGGGGCCUCCUGUCGUUCUGCCGGGGCUUGCACACCCUGAGUAACCGUCAAGCCCGACGCAAAGCUGGGAUUGUCGGUUCUCGGUGCGGCUUUUGCGGAACUCAGUCUAAUAGCAAGCCACAGCCAAACUUUGGGCUGUUGUUUGACAUCGAUGGCGUGCUUGUGCGAGGAAGGAUGCCAAUCCCCGCCGCCAAGAGGGCCUUCGAAAAGCUGGUGGACUCUCAGGGACAGUUUGUGGUGCCGGUGGUUUUCGUCACCAACGCAGGGAACUGCCUCCGGCAGAAGAAGGCAGACCAGCUCUCCCACAUCCUGGGAGUACCUAUCACUCAAGAUCAAGUCAUCAUGUCCCAUAGUCCACUGAGGAUGUUCAAGAAGUUCCAUGAGAAGUGUGUGCUGGUGUCGGGACAGGGACCAGUCCUGGAAAUAGCUAAAAAUUUGGGCUUUAAUAAUGUUGUGAGUAUCGAUAUGCUGAGGGAAUCGUACCCAUUGCUGGACAUGGUGGAUCACAACAGGAGACCCAAACUGCCGUCCAGUGCUGUGGUCAACCAUCCCAAGGUUGAAGCUGUGAUUCUGUUCGGGGAGCCGAUCCGAUGGGAGACCAACCUGCAGCUGAUAAUCGACAUUCUGUUGACCAACGGUAACCUCAGCAGUGUUCACCAAACCCAAAAGAGGCCUCACCUCCCCCUGCUCACCUGCAACAUGGACCUCAUGUGGAUGGCUGAGGCCAAUUCUCCACGGUUUGGCCAUGGGACGUUUCUCGUGUGUCUAGAGAACAUCUAUAAGAAGAUUACGGGUAAAGAGCUGAAGUACGAGGCUCUCAUGGGAAAACCCAGCGAGCUGACCUACCACUUUGCAGAGUACCUCAUCAGAAGCCAGGCCAUGGAGCGGCAAUGGAAACUUCCCAUCACUUCCCUUUAUGCUAUAGGGGAUAAUCUUAUGACUGACAUCUAUGGGGCCAAUCUGUACAACCGCUACCUGGAGGAGAGAGUUUCGAGGAAGAACCCCAAAGCCGUCGCUAAAAUGGCAGCUGCCACAGGAUCCACCACUGCGGUGCCCCAGGAUGAGGACAUUGACAACCUGUGGGAGAGCGAGCUGGCUCUGCCCUCUGCCACGUCCUGUAAGUCCGUCCUGGUCUGCACGGGGGUCUACAACCCCAACGCAGAGGUGCCCUCGGAUGCGAACCGCUGCAUCAAAGAGACGGUGUUCCACGGGCACCGGGACUUCAGAUUCGACCCCGCGCUGGUGGAACCGGGCCACAUCGUGCAGGACGUGGCGGAAGCCGUCGACCUGAUCUUUGAGCAGGAGAAGUUUGUGCCUAAGUAGAGUUCCAGCUAAGAUGCUUUAUGUUUAUACGAGGCCCCCGGCAGAGGAGGCGUGGAGCAUUAAACUGGGUAUUUUACCAUUUAAUGCGUAAACCCAUAGGAACCUAACACUGUGGACAUUGUUUUAUCACCUGACAGCGCAUAAACUUUCAACACUGAGACAAACGUUAGAGAAAAACAAUCGUGAAUCUUUUAAUGUCUACUGCCCUUUUGCAUUGUUUUUGUGAAAGUCUUUAAAUUCCUGAUUUUCAUCAACGAAAGGUUUAAGAACUGCCUUAUUUUAUCCUACUAAGUAUUUUUUUAGAUGAUAGUAAUGUUUUAGAUUGUUACAAAUCCUUAAAUCAUCCUAUAUUUAUUACAAGUGUUUUUAUGAAGCAUAUUGAGAUUUUAACAUUUUACCUUUAUUCUUAAUUUGACUUUUUUUUUUAUCAUUUCAUUUUAAGUCAUUUAUCCAUUUAACUUGGGAAAUCUAUGCAUGAAUAUAAUGGUAAUGCUUGUACUGUAAUUACAACUGUUUGAUGUGCAAUAUUGUCCUCUUAAGAGUACUGUCUGUCUGGAUUAUGUCUAGCUGUGUUAGCGUUGACCAGUAUUUGCACAGAUCAGAGACGUUCAUCUUUGUUAAGUGUGUCCAUAUAUUUCCUGCCAUAACCUGUUUAUUAUCAAGUAGAAAAUUAAAUUCCAGAAGUAAAACGACGAUCAAA